AUGCGUGAUACAUGGUGGUCAACACACUACAAGAAAUCCAACGGCUACUUUGGAUGUGAAACAACCCGAGAUGCGGGACAAGUGACGGGCGUUAAUACGUGGGUGUACUUUGAAUUCAAACUACUUCCCAAAAACAUGCAUUAUUAUUGGACCAAACUCAACGUUUUCACACGCUGGGUAGAAGCUACCAAACAAACAUUCAUUCUGUUGUUUGAUCCCAACCCUUCCAUCCUUGAAACAGUCCCAGCAUCGCUGCGUGGUUUCAACCCCGCACUCCUGGGUGAUCCAUAUUGGCCUUAUCCAAUUCUUUUGGACACUGUGGCGAAUCUUCAAGAAGCUGCCGUCUGGCUAAUUCGCGACCAAGUAAGGGAUAUUGAAAAGGUGGUACCGAAACCAGGAACGGUUCCAAAUCCAGAUUACCGAAGACUACACGACAUCGCCCGCCAUGCGAUUCACGUCUGUGAGUCUCUCGACGUUGCAGUGCAAACAAUUGAAUCUGUGCAAAUGCACUACCUCAAAUAUACGGGGUCUAAGCCCCAACACAACGAUCCCGCAUUUGACCAAGAUCUUCGCGCCCAGCUAGAGUUCUAUCGAGGCUUCAUUGCGAAUCUCCGACACCGCUCAACCUCGAAUGAAAAGCGACUGCAGAAUGAAAUUCAACUUGCCUUCAAUACCGUCGCUCAGCACAACGCGGGAACAUCUGUUGAGAUCGGCCGGGCUGCACAGAUCGACAGUUCCGCAAUGAAGACUAUCGCUUUUGUCACGUUGAUCUUCCUGCCGCCGACGUUUAUAUCGUCGAUUUUCAGCAUGUCGUUUUUUCAAGCGGGCGACAACAACGGAUGGGGGUUGUCCAGUAAAUUCUGGCUGUACUGGGUUUUUGCCAUUCCGACCACCAUUGCCACUGUCCUGAUCUGGCGGUAUUGGCACAAACUAUUCCCCACCGCUGGCUACAAACAUACAAGCCAUGAAGAGGAUCUUCCCACCGCAUUGGAGGUGGUCGAGCCAAAGUUGACUGUUUAA